GCAGUGGGUCACGUGACAGCAUCUGCUGCUGGCUGAGCGAAGCGUGUUAGCAGGUAAAGGAAAAGAAUAAAGAUUAUUGUCCUCGUUUUACUGUUUUUCCGUACCAUCCAAACGACUCGAAAUUUAUCUCGUUGAGUUUUUAAUCGGUUUAAGGAAAAGAUCGAUCGAAUCGGAUUAGCCCCUCUUCCUGUUCGUUGAUAAGCUAACUAACAAACUCGCUAGCUAGCCGCUGCUUUACCUGAUUGUAGUGCUGCAUUGUAUGCGGACGGGCCGUUCACAUGCCGGGAUAUUUAGCCUACUGUUGUAUCAUUAACAUUAACGGGCCACACGUUUUCGACAACUUUUCUCACUUAUUCAUCCUUACUCUAUUAAUCAAACUCAUUCGAGUACUCGAUAACGACCGUGUGUAAACGUUGAUGUAACACGCGGUGUUGAUCGUUUCAGCUGCUAACUUUAGCUGCCUCUCAGGUUAGCUUUUUCCUGCUCUCACACAAAAGGAUACAAAGCUAUACUUGUCGAACUUGUUUGUAUUUUAUCGAAUCGUAGUUUUUAGUCGAUCAAUUGUCACGACAACGGGUGAAUUUCCGUCGACAGACUUCUAUGGUAGUUAUGGCGAGUGUGUGUUUUAAGCGGUUGAGACUGUGAGUUCCGUCGCAUGGAACAAAGACCAGCGGGUUAGCGAGGAGGCUACGGCUAAAGCGAGCUGACUGUGAGAAGGUUCGUCAGUGCGGCUCAUAUUUCCCCCCUUGGCUUAUAUUAACCGCCAACGUAAAGGGAGUUUUACCAUCGCCAUUGACUGGGUGAGGCUGACAUGAUAUAGAUCCAACGUUGACGGUUUACCAGUCAGACAGCAGUGCGCCCAAAAGCCGGUGGAUCUCGUUUGUUGUCUUCUCACGCUGGCAAAGUGUCAGGUGGAAUCUGCGUAUAAUAACUGCGUAACAUGGCGUAGCUCUGUUUGCUAACGCGUUACCUUUUAAGUUUUUGCCUUGUUGCGUUUGUUUUUUUUUUGUCAUUACUGGAAUGGGGUGAUUAGUUCAUGCCUGUCAUAUGCCAGUGUAUACUCACUGCUCUCUUUUUAAUGUUUGAGACUAAGGGAGGGUUGUAAGAUGACACCAGGACAGUCCCCCCUUGGCUGGCUAAAUUUAAACUAGGAGGUGGGGGGCAACAGAUGGGGUUAUAGUCUUACAUGGUAUACUUGACAACAGUGAGUCUAAAACUGGGGAUUUUGAAUCAAUUAUACGAGCAAUGACCAUUUAAGAGGAGAUAAUACUUCACUGGUCUCCUUAUUCCACAAAUUUAGGGCUUGGCCAUAUGGGAAAAAAGUUUAUCGCAAUAUAUAUUUUUUUUUUAUAUCAGUCUAUCAAUAUAUAUCAUGAUCUAAAAAAUGAAAUUUAACAGUGCUUAUUGAUAGCAUGUCUUUUGCAAAACAAAAAGCUACUGCAUUAGUGAGGACUUUGUGUCUCUUCGACGUUUUGCGCUAGAGAAAGCGGACUGAAUGGUCGACUCUUUCGGCUGCACAGGUGCCACCGGCUCCUUACUCCGCCUGGGGUUGUAACCUUUGCGCGUGCUCUGCUGCGUCGCACUGCUUCAGGUGGUGAAAAAGAUUUGAGCUAUUCCCCGACUUUGCGAGAACAUGUACUCGACAUAAUUUGCAGUUCACACUACUCUGCUUCAUGUCAGACCUAAAAAAACAAAACAAAAUGCCUCCACACUACCGACGUUUUCGUUCCAGUGUUAUUGACAAUGUUGAGCCUUCAUCUGUAUUUUCUUUUUUUCUCACCACCAGUGCUGUCGGCUUCACCUGUUAAUGUGCUGUGGUUGCGUGUAGCUGCAGCCUGCCAUGUCUACCAAAACACGGCAGAAUGCAGACUUUCGAAAAGCAUAUUGACCAUUUUUAUAUUGAUAUUUAGGGAAAUGAGUUUUCGAUAUUUAUCGUUAUCGUUUUGUCGCCCAGUCCUACACAAAUUUUAAUCUUUCUGUUGUAAUCUUUUCAGAGAUGGGUGUCAUCUAACUUCUGUUUUCUGUUUUCUUUACAGAUUUUUCUAUUUUGUACAUACAUUGUUUUGUAUAUACUGUAUAUGAUGACUUCAGUGGUCAGCAAUCAAUCCCGGGGGACUCGGGACAAAACGCUGCCCACCACCACCACACAAACAACACAACCACAGAAACAGAUUCAGGUGGGUUUUUAUCAUUACUUAUGAAUAAAUAUGCAUCUAAUUUACAACAAUCGAACAUCUGAAUCAGUUAGUAUUAAACAUUUUGUACUGCUAUUGAAAAUGAAAUGUACCAGGAAUAUGAACGUGGACGAUAGUAGCUUCUUUCACAUGGUAUGUAUUCUAAUUGUUUUGUUUCACUGAACUCUGUUUAUCAGGCCACAGCAGAACAGAUCCGUUUAGCCCAAGUGAUCUAUGAUAAAAACGAUGCAGACUUUGAAGACAAGGUCAAACAGGUAAUUUGUUUGUGCACAGUUUAAUGAAUUAAAAAAAAAACACACACACCUUACAGAGUUGAUUGUACAUGCGAUCCUCAGUGUGUCCGAUGGUUAUUGAACUUGUAGCUUUGUGUUCCUGUUCUGUUCACUCACAGCUGAUUGAGGUUACUGGGAAGACUCAAGAUGAGUGCAUGGUAGCCCUCCACGACUGCAACGAAGAUGUAAACAGAGCCAUCAAUUUCCUGCUGGAGAGCCCCUCUGACACAGUAGGACUCCAUUAACACAUUUAUCAACGCAUACGCUUGUUUUCCAUUCUUAGGGCUGUCUGAUAUGUGUUUGGCAGAAACUGAAAUGCAAACAAAAUGUUAAAAUCUUUGAUAUGCAUCAACCAGAAUUCCUGGGAAACUGUGGGGAAGAAGAGGAGCCUUGGGAAAGAGGGAGGACCCCCAGAGAUGAAAGAAAGUAGGGAGAAGAAAGGACUAGACAGAGAGUCCAGUCGUGGACGUGGGGGGUCUAACAGAAGGGGCAGAGGCAUCAGCCGGGGGCGUGAAGGUAAGAUGGGAUUAAAGAUGUCUACCCUGUUUGGGAAGCGGGGAGCUUGGAUUGUUUAAAUGUGGAUAUUACAUGAGUGGCAGAUUUGAUCUUAACCCAAUGUAUGAACCUGUUAACAUAACUAUUCACUGUUUUCCAGGCCGAGUAGAGGAGAAUGGGUUUGAAGUGGCUCCUGGAGAGAGAAGGGGUGACCCAGGACGCAGGGGUCGGGGCAGAGGUGAGUCACCCUAAGAAUGUUGAAGAAUAGACAUUAUUUAAUGAUGUAUGUAUGCAAAGUUUUAUUAAGAGGCGAUGGGAAAAAAAAGUGAAGUCCACCCUGUUCUUCAAUUGUUCUGAAAUUUCUCAAGGUAUAAGGAGAUUUUAAUGACUAUAAAAUUAAAAUGGGUGUUUCAAAGGAAAACAGGGAGUUUGGGUAAUAAACAGGAAUAUUGUUAGAGCAGUUGCAAAAUGUUGAAAACAUCUGCCUCAAUAUAAAAGGUAAAAUUGUAAGGUUUGUUUUGGUUCGUGCAAGCAAAGGGGGACUGGCUUGGAUGUUAUUGUGUGUGUUUGGUGAAGCUGCUGGCAGCAUAUCUAUUUGUGUCUGCCGGCAUUCGGACUAUUGCAGCACUCAACAUGUCUGGAAUGUGCUCAGUCUCUGCAGCUGCUUGUGUGUGGUGGUGUGUGUUUGUGUGAUGGGGGAAAAAAAGGUGGAGGUUGUCAGGGUCUGGUUAAGAGGAAAUUGUGAGAUGGCUUGUAAUGAUCUAAUUGCCAAGAGGUGCAUGCAUCCUUAUGGAAAUUUUUGUUAGAUAAUAUUUGUCUUAAAUUUUAAACCUGAAACCAAAAGUGAAAGUUGGAGAUGUCUUGGCAAAGAACAGAUGCUGCACCUUUGAGACUUAAACGUUCCCAUUUUUGAAUGUUUUUUUUUCACGGCAUAAUUUAAAAUUGAUUUUGAACUGCCAAAUUUAAGAAAAAUAUGAGGUUUCAAAAGGUUGAUAAAACAGAUGCAUUGGUUGUUUUGUUUUCAUGUUAGUUUUUGGGCUUUGAUUCUUUUAUUUGGAGUGGACUGGACUGUUGUUAGAGCAGGAAACUGGGAAAGGGAAUGAAGAGUGAUUUGCUGUAGAGAGGCUUUAGUCCUCAGUCAGGUAGUCCAAGUUUGAUUGCAACCUGCAGCCGAUAACGUCAAACCUGUAGCCCAAUAGCUCCAAAUGUAUUUCAGUCUUGCAAAUGAAAAUGCAGUAAUUAAAAAUAAUGUAUGUUUUUAGUAAUGUUAUUGCUGAAUGUGUGCACGAGGUUAAUGCCAACAUAGAGGAAGUUUUAUGAAAAGAUGGGGGAUGCAGGGAACCGGUCAGUCUUGUUUAAUUCUUUUUAUUUACCUCACAGGGGCAGGAGGUCGUGGUCGAGGACGAGCGGCUGCUGGUAACAGAUUCUCCUCCCAGGGAAUGGGGUAAGAACUGAUGUGUAAUGUAAAUAUUAGACUCUAAGUCGUAUGAGGAGGUGAUGAUGUUGAUAACAAGCACAUAUCCAAAUGUAAAAAGUGUAGAAAAACCUAACUCCUGAAUCUCCUCAUUGUGUCGCAGUAAAUUGCCAUAUCAGACCAUUAACUUAACGUUUGCUCCAUUUUUAAUUCUGUCUAUCUUUGCCUCAUCUGUCGUCCCUCUCCACUCUCCUCCAGCACCUUCAAUCCUGCUGAGUACGCGGCUAACUCUGGAACUCGCCAGGAGGCAUGGGAAGGUGAUGGAAACGAACCUGCUGAGGCGACUGGUAAGUGAAAUGGCACAACUCGAACUUCCAAGUUUGUUGGAGUUUCAAAUUUUUUGAAUCAGAGGAGCUGUAUCGACCAAAUUAAGAAGUAUCAGCCUCACCUGUCGUUCACUUACCCAAGCUGAAGCUACAAGAUGCGUUCAAAGGCUUGCAAUUUUGCUGUUGUAGAAAAACAUUAGUAUUGUGUGGAUAUCGCAACUCACCUGUCUGCUGACUGGCUUUUUAGGAACAUGGGGAGGCAACAUUGAAGACUGGACCUCAGAGGACUGGAACGAAGAUGUAAGACAGCACUUUUUAUCAUCUCAAAGCUUGUACAUGUAAAGUUUGUUCACUUGUAUUUGAAAUAACUUUCCCAAUAUCUGCUCUUAUUGGCUGGUAGGGUCAGUUAAAAUUGAUCGUCAAGAUAGAGAGUAUUAUAAUGAAGUAGGGACGAGAGAAAAAAAAUCGAUACAGCCUAGUAUUGCGAUAUUUUUUGUAGUGAUAUAUCGUAUCGUUUCAUUUACCAAGUAUCGAUUUUUCAAAGGUCGGCAGAGGUGACAUCACAGAGCAGGAGAAAGUUAGUGCUACAAAUAUAUAAAAGGUUUGCAAGAUCUGCUACAUGAAAAUAAUAUACAGCGUAAAUAAGACAAACAAGAAGGAAAGCCAACUGCUAAAUUUGCUAAACAGUUGAAAAAUUAUAUAAAUCGCAAUAUAUUGUAUCGCAAUACUCGCUGUACUGCAAAAUGUUGAAAAUUGCAAUAAUAUCGUAUGGUGGCCCAAGUAUCAUGAUAAUAUUGUAUCGUGGGGCCGCUAGUGAUUCUCACCCGUAUUAUGAAGUGUAACUAUAUCAAUGGAUCCCUUAACUGUUGACCAGAGCUGCAUAACCCACAUAUUAGUCUGAUUGAUUUGUGUUCUGUACUUUCACAGCUGUCUGAGACAAAGGUAUUCACCGCCUCCUCUGCUCCAGUGAACCACAAGUAAGCCCUCCUGCCUUCAUUCCAGUGAACUUAAACUCAUUAUUACCUCACAGAUGGAGCAUUUAUUGACAGCUUGUCGUGUAUUGUUCCCCUUCAGCGUGGACUUGGCUGGCCUGUUACCCAAAGCUGGAGUGACUUCCAUGGACUCAGAUCUGGGGGCAAUCGUCGAUGGCCCCUCAGCCGAGGACUUGGGCCAAAGCCUGGUGUUCACCAAUUCUCACCACAAUGGACGCACUGCAACACACAGCUACGCACACGCAACAGCCAACAGCUAUGCCCACGCCGCCUCUGCUGGUACCACCUACGCACAUGCUGCACUGGUAUGUAUAACCUCUAAAUUUAUGCUUGUUCACGUACAAGAGUCCAGUCAGUUCUUAAACCUGUAUUCAUGUGCCAAAAACACAUACAGUACAUGUUUGUUCACUUCUCGAUGAACUGCUCUUAUCCCUACAGUCGUCAGUUCUGGGUUCUGGUUUUGGGUCCCUAAAUGCACCUAAGCCGACACCCGGCUCCGACAUGAGGACAUCAGAGCAGCUCAACGGGCCCCGGCUUGGUCAGAGAGUCACUCAGACGGUGACGGCUACCAGCAACAGUAAUGUUUCCAAAGACGCAGGGCCACCUCCCAUACAGAACCCUACUCCUUCCUCCUCUCCUUCUGUUGAAGUCAAACCGCAGAGGGUUGAGAACGGCCCAGUUACUGCCCAACACAGUAAGUUAAUCUCAUAUUGAAAAGCAAGUUCAUCGUAGAAGUUUUAGGAGCCAAUCGGGAUUAAUUUGUUUUUACAAUAACAAUGACAAAAGAGUGCACAGCAUAACAAUGGUUGGAUUAAUGUGCUUUAUUUUCGUCUUUAUUCUUUUUAGUGGAGAUGAAGCUUCAGCCAGAGCCAUCGGCGGUGCUCAGCCAGCUCACUCAGAGGCAACAACAGUCCUCCAUCCUUCCCAACACAGAGUCCCUGAGCCUGUCUCAGUCACAUGAUCCACAGAUCCCCACACCACCUGGUAGGACUGCAUACAAGUUUCUGACCUUGCAGUGAAAGGCAUAAAAAUCAGCAUAGUGGUUCACAUGACAUAAAAAUUGCAACUGUGUUUUUUUUUCUUGGUGGCCUCUGAAAAUGACUGAAGAAUACGAGUUACUAGAAUACGAGUUUUCUAAGGGAUCUCAGAAAUAUACAGAUUAGGCAAAGCAGUGAAAUAAUGUGCUCAGGAAAAGAUCCUCAAGAAUCCACAGAGAUACAGAAAAGAUGCGAGUCGACAUCCCUGCACCUCCUGCAUAGUGGGUCUGCAGUGCCUUUUGUGAGGACGAUUAGGACAAAAAAAAAAUCCUCCCAUGCCCCUUCAAUACUGGGCUUAAGCGCCUAUUUGGCAGAUCCUUAAAAAUGUCUCUACCAGCAGUUAAUAGUUGGAAACCUGGAUUUAGUCCUCUGCAAUACAGUACCUCUUCUUACUAAAAGACCUAAGGCAGCUCCAGAUGCAGUGUAUAUAGGAUCUGACCGGGCCUCUUAAUCUUGGACUGAUAAUGAAUAUGGGAAGAAGGCGGAUGCAUUAAAAAGUAAUGAGAUCUGCGAGUGAGCUGACAUCAACGGCAAACAAGCAGUGCAUAAAAUAUUCCUUUUUUCAACUGCACAGACUGUUUGGCUCAACUGUGGAGCAUAUUCUCCUCUGGUUUGCUGUGAAAAUUUAAAGUGCUGAAAAAGUUAAAAGAGAGGUGAAGUUAAUACAGUAAAAAUCAUGGAUUGGUCAGAGAGAAUCGUCCUCAGGGCUAGUAGAUAAGUUGUACAUCCCAUGCACAGGAUCCAUCUUCCUUUUCCUGGGCAGCCUCGGGGUUCAGUUGUCUCUGACGACUCUCUGCUAUCAUUCCCCACUCUUUCUUCAAGUUUCCUGCCUCACCCACUGUCCUGCCCUCUCGAUAAAGACAUUAAAGCCUAAAAAGAAAUGAGAGAAUAAAAGAAAAGAAAUUUCCUUUCCAUCCUUGCACCAUCUGCAGCAGACAAUGACCUCCAAAAAUGAGCCUCAAAAAGAAGCAGAGCUGAGCUGCUGUAUCUUACAAUGGAGUCGAAUCAAAAGCAGUGCCGGUGUUUCUCCAAAACUGAAGUAACCACUGCUAGCUCCACAAAAGAAUCUCUCUAAAAGUAACCUUUUUUUUAUCUUAACAAAUUUAAUUCAACUACCACUUUCAAUCUCCUUCAGGUCAUGAGUCAUCCCUCCCUCCUGUUAGAGACGGAGCUUCUCCUGGAGUGAAACUGCCGGGCAUGGAGCCUCCAGCCACAGAAGCCCCUCAGCGGCAGCUAAAGACCCAAAGACGCAGAGUACCUCCUCCGUCAAAGGUACACUCCAAUGAUACCUGAACCUUUUAUGAAGAUGAAGUAUAUGGUGCUGCAGAUGACUUUUGCCUGAAAGGGAAUAUCUGAUUGACACGAUUCAUUAUUGAAAUAUCGUUUACGUGUAUAAAGUUACACUCGCCUCAGUUACACUCGGUGCCCUCUUUGUUUCCUCAGAUUCCGUCGUCAGCAGUGGAAAUGCCGGGCUCUGCAGAUAUUCCUGGGCUAAAUGUUCAGUUUGGAGCUCUCGACUUUGGUUCUGAGGCUGGGAGCGGAACAGCAGACAUGACGCAGGCGGAGUCGGCCAGAGAGCAAGCCCCUGCUCAGGCCCCAGUCCCGGCAGCUCCCACACCCAUGUCGGUCCCGAGCGCUGUACCCACUCAGCAGCCACAGAGCAGCUUGUUCUCCAAACCAGGAGCUGUGAGGUAUGUGUAAGUCUUGUUUUGUGUGUGGAAUAAAAUUGAAAGAUCAUUGUUUUGUCUUUGUCAUGUCUGAUCGUCUCUCUCUCUCUCUCUCUUCCUGUGGACAGCGAUCACAUGGGCAGCUUACCCCCUCUCCCCUCAGCGGUAUCAGAUCCUAGCUUUCCCACACCAUCCCUGGGCUUACCUAGUGUCACGCCCUCUCCUUCCCUGGGUCUUCCAAGCGCAGCUGCUCCACCGUCUUCCACAGCGCCGACGGCAACCAACCGCGUGGAGAACAGUGGCCCACGGACAAUGCCACCUCAUUUGGGCUUCCCACAGAGUAAAGACGUCCCCUCGGCUGUUGCUUUGACGGUACAGAAACGACCCACACGAGAGAAGAAUUAAAACCACUUUCAACAGCUCUCCACGAACCUUAAAGUCUGCUCAUUACAACUCUGAUCAUUUUUUCUUCUCUUCUUCUCAUAGAAUGGCUACAGUGGUAUAAAGACACCCAGCACACAAGACAGUAAGUUUUCUAAGAGUUGUCCGUUCUGGAAAAACCGCCUCUCAUAAAAAAAACAUCCAGAACUAAUUUUCUUCUUUUUUUUAAACAGCAACGUCCAGAUCAGUGAAAACAGAGUCCCCUGUGAUGACAAGUGAUAGCAGCUCCAGCCACCACAUCCCCUCUCCUGCUGUUACACCUUCCCACUCCACGGCCAUGCCCUCGCUCAACAAGUAAGGAAUGAUUUAAACUCAGUUCAUUUUUAUGUCACAAGUAAUUCAUCGUCUGUUCUACUGUGUGGAGAUAAUGAUGGUUACAAGCACAUAUCUCAAACCAUUUAUGAGGAAAUAUUUUUGACUGAAUCUCCGUUGUCAUGUUCUUGCCUUUGUUGCUUCAUCAGAUUGAAGCAAACUGACAGUAAAACUUCCCUCUCUUUCUAGUCAUGUCACCAGUACUCACUCAUCUGGAUCGACCCUCACCACAAGCUCAUCCCUCUCCGUGAGUGUGUGGCCAUCACUGCACACAGACACUAAAUCACAUAAACAAUAUUCUAAAUGUUUUUUGAGUCUUGUAUUCAUCAGUUCCUGCUUUUCUUUCUCAAUAUCUUCUCUGUUUUGUUCCAUCAGUUGAGCAAUGAGGACAGCAGCAGCAGCAGCAGUGGCGGCGGAAACCUUCACGCUUUCUCAUCGUCAACAUCCAGCCAAGUCGUCAAUCCCAGUUCUUCAGCUCCCCAGGCCGUCAGCAGCUCAACCACCAAUGGUCUGCACCCAUCUGGAGCUCCAGGACUGACGCCUAAUGGCACAAAUACCACGCUGUCAGCCGCAGGAACCCGCACUGCACCCCUGCUCACUACCACAUCAGGUAGGCUCACAGCAACACGUGCCAUUGCCAUAAAAAAAACUCCAUGAAAAUACAUAUUCUGUGUUUUUCAAGCAUUUUUAGUUACUCACCUUUUAUGUACCAUAUGUCCUGAUACACCCCUUUUAUGUCCCGAUAUAAUGUUGAUAUCGAAUAUCGGUCUGAUAUCAGCCAAAAAACAAAUAUCGGAUUAUAUCGACCUGCAUCUAAAAUCUCCCAUACAAGCAGUCCAGUCCAGACUCCACUCCAGCACCUCUAUCUAGCAGCGCCCAGAUCCAGCAUGUAGAGCCCACAUGAUCACAACAACAGUGUGUACUAAGGUACAAACAAAGUUGCAAGGAGUAAGAGUGAAUUCGGCUGUGUGGCAGUAUUUUUCGUUUAAGUCCGAAAAAGACAUUGCAGCUGAGUGAAAAACUUGUCAUGCACAAGUUUGUGUCAUAUCGGAUCAAUAUGGGUAUCGUAUCGAAAGUAAAAAAGUUGUAUUGGGACACCCCUACUUUUAUGUAAUUGACUUUUUUCAUGUUUUUUAAUCAGACCAAAAAUCUUCUCUUUCAGGUAAAGCUCCUCCCAACUUGGCCCAAGGAGUGCCCCCCCUCCUGGCAAACCAGUACAUCAUGGGCCCCAGUGGUUUGCUCCCUGCUUACCCGGUAACUCUCAAUUUAUUCUAAUGUAUCUGGUUCAGCUUGUACCCUGGGUGUGCCCACUGCCCCCACAUUGAGAUUAGUGCUGCUGUCUUUCUUAAAAACCUAGACCAGGAAGGACUAUGAAGUCCUCUGUAGUCCAUGUACUGUAUGUAUUAGGUUUUAUGUCAACAUCGAUUUACCAUAUACAAUUUGAAUCUCCUCAAUAAGAGAACACACAGAGUUAAACUAUAAUAAGUUCACUUCUUGUGCUUCAGUUCUGAGAGUGACUUCUGUAUCAAGUUCAGACCAAAUAUAAUAUCAAUAGAACACACUGAGACUUACAAAAGGUCAGCUGGAGACUACGAGGAACAUCAGAUACAAAUCAAAGUUAGAUUUAAGUCAAAAGUGAUGUUUUCCAGAAGCAUUGGAUAGAGGAUGACUCAGAAAUCCUCACUUCUUUUCUUGAUUUCUUUAUUUCCUACAGCAAAUUUAUGGAUAUGAGGAUCUGCAGAUGCUGCAGUCUCGUCUUCCAAUGGUAAGUCAGUUGUUUUAUUCUCAGUCUGUGCUAUGUAUUUCUUUGCUUGCUUAAAAAAACUGCUGUGCAUUUGAUCAAGGGAUGCACAUUGAGAAUUUGGCCAUGGUUUGCCCAAUGGUGACUGUGAACAACACUGUCAAUACGUUCAUGAUCCAUAUCCAUAUUAUUAGCUUAGUGUUGCCACAGGAAAAUGAUGUGAACAUUUUAAAAUAUGAAUGUAAAUACUGGCCAUGAGCGCAUAUUAAUCAAUACUAAGUAAAGACUGAAAAAAUAGACAAUCUUUGACAUAAUGUAUAUUCUCUCUUGUACUGUAGAAGUCUAUAUAAAUGGUUAUACUCUUCACUCUUAUGUUGAUUUGUUGUUGUUUCUCUCCUUACAGGACUAUUAUGGUGUUACAUUCCCUGGUACUACAGCGACCAUGCCCGGAAGAGAUGGCCUGGCCAAUAAUCCUUAUUCUGGUGGGUUAUAUUAUAAACCGGCCAGGAAAUUCUGGGUUUAUUUGUUUAUUCAAUGUACAUUAUGUGGCAUCAAGACUCUGACUCACUGAGAGUCGAGUGAAUCAACACAAUUGACCCUGUUCAUUGAUUUUUCUCUCUUUGUCCAGGCGAGGCGACAAAGUUUGGCAGGAAUGACUCUUCGUCUCCCGCCCCCCCAACCAGCUUGUCCACAGCCGGGGUUCAGUCGCAGCCUCAGCAGGCUCCUCAGGCAGGAACACAAGGGCAGGGCCAGGGACAGAGUCAAGGUCAGCAGACACAGAACCAGGCCUUCCUGAACCCUCCUCUUCCCCCAGGCUAUGGAUACACCGGUAAGGAAAAACAAGUUAUUUGUUAAUGAGUAGCAUGUUGCCUUGAAAUUACCAUUACACUUCACAUUUACUACGAGUAAAUCACGUGUGAGUCGCCUUCCUCUUUUGAUCCGGAUUCAUUAAAUUCAUACAAAUACAAUAUAUUUCCAGUUUGAUUUGAUCCAGUAUAAUAAUCAGACCAACAACCAAUCAGAUUAAUGCAGCAGGUGACGUAGUGCAUAGCAACAAAAACGUAAACAGACAGUGGGACGCAUAGGGAGGAAACGCACUUCUUACAAAUGAAUGCUGCAUGUGCACGUACUUAUUCUUGGUAUUCUUGAAUCGGUUUAAUUACAGUGUUUUCAGCUGCCAGCUAACUUUAUGAUUUCUAGAAUGAAAAAGUGUUUUUACGCAUUCUUGGAGACAGCUAGUUUGUUCAUGAAGCAAUUUUUCAGCAUUUUCCUUUCUUAACCCUUAUCUCUCUCUUAUAAUCUGAAGGUCUGCCAUACUACGCUGGUAUGCCAGGGGUCCCCUCAGCCUUCCAGUAUGGCCCCACCGUCUUUGUACCUCCUGCUUCAGCCAAGCAGCCCGCGAUGGGCCUGGCCAACCCCUCCAAUCAGUACCACCAACAGCAUCAGCCCAGUUACGGACAGCACGCGUACGGCACAGGUAUGGACCGGACGAAACCAAGACAACUCUUCCCGUCACUGAUGUGGCUCCUGGUGUUUCCAGACGAUUAACACAGCAGAGUCUUUACCCAGUUUAACAUUAGAAAGAGUUUCUUUAAGGGCGAUUUUAUUUAUUCAACCAUUUGUUUUUGAAUUUCUUUUUCAAAUCUCGACAACAUCUUAAAAUAUGACUGUCAUUGCAUCGUCCCGUAUGAGGGCGCUGUGACGGUUACUUAAACUUCUGUCAUUAAAAAUCAGUGACUUAUCCAUCCUGUUACCUCCAUCUAGAAUUUUUUUAAUGAUGGGAAAACUCCAACUUUAUAACCACGUCUUACACCCCUACAGCACUAUCAUACUUGUUUUGGUGUCAUGUAAAGCAGCAGUAUUAUUUUAUGUAUUCAGAGUGACAGUGUGUUUUUACAGAAACUAAAUAAUGUUUGGAGAGUAGAGAGGAAGAGCGAUCCAUUUUCAACACUUUUUUUUUUUACAUGUACACCAAAUGUUGCAUGUGUGUGUGGAAUUGGGCCUGUGUGUUUUUUGCUUGUGCUGCAUGCAUAGCUCAAACCCCCCUGCUGAAGUUGGACACAGCUCGAUAUAGACACAGCUGACAUGUUAGUCAGGUUACCUUACUGCCUCUCUCUCCCCUGCCCUCCCCCCCUUCUUAUUCUUCCAUCCUCUUUGCUUCUCCUUUUCUUUUCUUCACAUCAUCUGGUCUCCAUCUCCUUUUUGUCUUCCUACCCCCACCCUCUCCCCUGCUCACUCUGCUUCCUCUCUUCUUCUUUUUCUUCUUCUUUACUCCCCCUCCUCCUUCAGCCUUUGAUGACCUAUCUCAAGCCCACGGUGGGGAGUACAGUAAGGGAGGGUACGGAGGCUCUGCCCAGUCACAGGCCAAGUCAGCGGGCAGCGGCCCAGGGAAAGGUACACACUCAACACGUGCACACGCCCUUACAACACACUCAAAGUCAGCUGGCAAAUUUUCCUGAGGGAAAACCGAAUGUACUCACAAUUACAGAUGAUGCUACAGUCAAGAGUGUAUUGGAGGAAGGUGUGUAUAUGCAUGUGUGUGAUCGCACCGUGAUCUGCACAUUAAAUGGAUACAUGCAAGGGGUGAAAGGAAGUGAGAAACAUGCCUCUGCACCUCACUUACUAUGCUUCUUCCUUCUGGCUGGCCCCCUUCUACUAACAGUGGAAAUGAAAAAAUCAAGUGUUUGAAAUUCAGUCAUCAAUAAAGUUGUUCUUCUUUUCCCCUCUUAACCCCUUGAUUUCCUCUGUUCUCUAUUGUUUUCUUCUUCUCCUUUUGUGCUCUCUUCCUUUCCCUCUUUAAACUCCUACCUCUUUCUAUCUCGGUUUCCUUCUCCUCUCAGCACCUGGACUUUCAGGAUCAGGUACCGGUGGAGGAGUACCUGACAUGGGAGGUUCGAUCUACAGCAAAACUCAGGUUAGUGACCGUCCAUCCUGUUCUAUGUCUCGUAGAUAAACAGUCGGCAUCCACUCGGUUUCAAGUUGGGCUGUUAAAGGCUGUUUCUCACACGUGUUGUCAUUCUAACUUUAUCUUGUGUCUCUUAUCUUCAGUCAUUUGACAAGCAGGGCUUCCACACGGGGACCCCUCCUCCCUUCAGUCUGCCUUCAGCACUGGGGGGAACGGGGCCCUUGAACCCUGGGGGCGCUCCCGGCUAUGCUCCCGCUCCAUUCUUGCACAUCCUGCCACCUCACCAACAACCCCACUCCCAGCUGCUGCACCAUCACCUCACACAGGACGGACAGGUAAACUGAUGAUCGGCGCGUACAUCACAUUUUGCUUAUCCAGGGUUUCUAAAAAGUUUGCUUUGAAGAACUUCAAAAAUCAGUCAUCUUUGCAGAGUCUAUCCUUAAGGUUCGCAGGCCCUGAGAUAAAUAAGCAGCACAUCAAAGGGAAACCAGAUAUACGAGUUUGGAAGCCACUUGUGUACUGGAGUAAAACUUGCUUGGCUAAGUGCUUCUUUUUCUCCCCACAGGGUGGUCCAGGCCAGCGCAGUCAGUCCAGCAGCAUGCAGCAGAAGACCCAAGGCAGCAAGUCUAGCUAUGGCAGCUCCCCCUACUGGGCCAACUGAGGAAUGACUCCCACCACCUCUCCCCAAAAAGGCUGUGUGUGUGUGCGCGCGUGUAUGUCGAGCUUAAACAGAGAAAAAAAAAAAACAGACACACUACCCUCACAAUGAGCAACCAUGGGCCCUCUGGCCCUGCUCCCCCCACCUCCACAAGUCCUCAUAAGUCUUUUGGGUUCUCUCUAAACCCCCCCUUUUCAAAAUUGGUUGUACAUGUAAGAUAUUUAUGUAUGUAUUUAUAUAUAUAUACUGUAUAUGUAAUAGUAGAACAUGAAAUGUGGUUGCUGCAUUUUAUUUUUGAAGGACUUUUUGUUUACUUUUUUCAAAACUGCAGGAAACGAUGUUACAUUAGGACAGAAUGGGAUGAAUUCGAUGGCGAGAGUCAGUGAAGAGGAACAUGAUCUAAAACUUCCUGUAAGAAACGAGAAAAAGGAAACAGAGAGAGCUAUAGCACUGAUUGCCUAUGAGGACAUUUCAGAUGGGGGUGGGGUUUAUAAUAACUAACUGCAUCUCUUGUCUUUUUUUUUUUUUUCUUCCUUUUUUUUAUACAUAACUUUCUGAUGACCAGGCUCAUCCCCCGAAACUUCAUUUUGUAGAUUCCUGUUGUUCCCCUCCGACCUUUCUCCUACCCCUCUGGAGGGAGGGCUGUCUGAUCUCCCUGUGUCAAUACUUUCCCUUCAAAGAAAGACCCGCCCAUCUGAAUUUUAUAUUUUAAUUUAAUUUUAACCAUAAUUUCCCUCGAAAUAAAAUUUCUCAGCAGUUGGAAAUAUCUUAAUUA